CGGAAAAAAAAGCAGAGAUUUGGGCAGAAAGCAGCGCAGCUCUGACGUUUGGCGCACGGAGCUAUAAAAGGCGGCGCGCACGGAGCGCUCGGCAGCUGAACACACGCCUCAGGACAGCGCGCAAAAAGCUUCCAAACUGACCCUCCGGGAAGUAUGCAUCCUAACUGCUUGAGCUGGCUGGGGACUCUGGGGUUCCUGCUGUGGGCGCUGAUCUGCCUGGGCGCCCUGACGGACGGAUACCCGGUCAAACCGGAGAACCCCGGAGAGGACGCGCCGGCGGAGGAGCUGGCCAAGUAUUACUCUGCACUGAGGCACUACAUCAACCUGAUCACAAGACAGAGGUACGGCAAGAGGUCCAGUCCUGAGAUUCUGGACACACUGGUCUCAGAGCUGCUGCUGAAGGAAAGCACAGACACACUUCCACAGUCCAGACAUGAUCCCUCCCUGUGGUGAUGUUAUCGCCGACGUCGGCGCCACAGCUCCGUCUCGCUGCUGCUCCACCUCACUGCUGCUCUGUCACCGCUGACAUUUUGAUCUCGACACAUCUGUCGCUUCAAUUCUGCCUCCUCAUUCAUCAGCUGCAGUCGUGAUAUAGGAUGUGCCAUAAAACUGUAAACAGUUUGUUCAGACUUGUCAUUUAAAAAUCAUUAAGAAUUAUGUUGAUUGUAAUGUAUAACUUGUGCUAUAUUAAAGAUUCGCUGUUUGAAAUGA